GAGUCUUCAAGUUUGUCUAUGCUUAUACAGUGGGCUCUUAUAUUACUAUGUAUAGAUAGUAGCCAUAGUACUGUGUUUGAACAUCAUUUUACAAAGUGAAAGUCUUUAACAUGAGCUUGAGCAGGAAUAACAGACGGUUUGUGGUGUAACGGAAAACUGACAGUCAAUAAUGGGGAGACACAUGAGUGCUCCCACAUGAACAAUUUUAAAAUGAUGGGACUAACUAUAAUAUUUUAAUUUUUUAUUUUUUUUUAAUUGUGUUUAGUUUGGCCCAUCAUUUUAGAAAAUGCUUAAUAUACAGAGAACUUGCAUCAGCUGUACUACAUAACUUUAAACUUUUUAAUAGGCGCCGUAUAACUUGGUACAGCCUUUAAGUGGUUCCAGCAGGGACAUGAUGGCGACUCCUCCCUCGUGCUCGCUCCCUGGAACAGAGCUGCUGGAGCGGGUCCUGGAGAGGCCUGCUCUGGUGGUGGUGGAGGAGCCCAAAGACCGGGGCAUGAGGUUCCGCUAUGAGUGUGAGGGCCGGUCAGCUGGGAGCAUCCUGGGAGCGUCCAGCACAGAGUCCAGCAAGACUCAGCCUGCUAUAGAGAUUCAGGGUCCUAUUGAUCACAUCAAGAAGGUGAAGAUUACAGUUUCUCUGGUGACCAAAGACAUCCCACACCGGCCCCACCCACACUGCCUUGUCGGGAAAGAUUGUCCUCCUGGUUCAGGGAUCUGCGUAGUUACAUUUAAUCCUCAUGUCAACCGCAGACACAGUUUUGCCAACCUUGGUAUUCAAUGUGUGAGGAGGAAAGAGUUGGAGGCGUCACUCCAAAAGCGGAGAAGUCAGAAUAUUGACCCAUUUCAAACUGACUAUUCGAGGGGUAUUGAAGACAUAGACAUGAAUGCAGUGCGCCUAUGCUUUCAAUGUGAGCUGGAGUGGGAGGAUGGCAAAAAGGACUGCCUCAAGCCAGUUGUGUCAAAGCCCAUCUAUGACAAAAAGGCUACAACCACAUCCCAACUAAAGAUCACAAGAUUAAACCUGGACCGAGGGCCCUGCACUGGCAAGACAGAGGUCUACAUGUUGUGUGACAAAGUACAGAAAGAUGACAUUGAGAUAGUUUUCCGGCGAGACUCCUGGAAAGCAAAUGGAGAGUUUGCCCAAACAGACGUCCAUCGGCAGGUGGGCAUCGUGUUUAAGACACCUCCAUAUCAAGACCAGAACAUCACAGAGGAGGUGGAGGUCAGUUUGUGUCUGCGCCGCAUCUCUGACCAGAUGGAAAGUGAACCGGUAACUUUCAUAUACAGUCCCCGCAACCCAGAUCCUUAUGAGGUUAAACGCAAAAGAAAGAUUAAGUCAGACAUGAGUUUCACAGAAAGAGCGUGUACAUCAGAGAAGAACGCCUCUACUACAGACCCCUUCCAGAUUUCACCAAACCCUCCUGGAUCAACUCCAUCCUCAGAGGAGCACCUUCGGUUGCAGCCUGGCCCGUUUCAGGCAGAAGUCUGUUGCAUGGAAGCCCAGUGCUCCAACAUGGCCCCUGACGAGGCGUCUCUCAUCAAUCAGCUAAUGGAGAUGCCUGGAUUUAUGGACAUAUUUUCUGACCCAAGUUUUUCCUCACUUCCUUCUGGUUUUGACCAGGGGCCUGAGGCUAGCACCACCUUCACAAACCUGGACAUGAACUCUGGUCCAUACUUCCAGGACUUUUCUCAUUAUAAUGAUUUACAAUUUAACAUGCUGGUCAAUGAGAAUCAGACUGCUUCAUCUGAGAUGGUCCAGGUGAAGACUGAAGAUGAGCUAUGAUGUGACAAUCACAAAACUCACACAAACAUUACACUCAACUGAGAAUUAUAGAAAAUUGUGCUAGUAUCUACAAUUAUAUAGUAGCAUCUAAAUUACCUGUCAACAAAGAUUAACUGGCACUCAACCAGAUGAAUAGAAAGCACUUUAUUGGAGAAUUUUGCCUGUAUGUAUACAUGUAUGUUUUACCCAUUAAACUGCAAGUAGACUUAACUUAAACCUAGCCUUGCUGGUCAAGGUCUUACCAGUCGGCACCGUAACAACAUUCCUGUUUAGGAUGUUCUGUGUAAGCACAGCUCUCAAGAGUAAUCUGAGCAAGACGGACUUUUGGUCAGUAUGAGAAAUAAAACCCUCUUGAUCUGGAAAUAACUGUGACAGAAAAACUGGUGUUUGAGGUUUGUUGCCAGGCUGUCUUCAGAAGAAUGAGAAGUACAUUACAAUACAAUGAAAAAAAUUGUCUUUGCCUUAUCACCCUGCAGAUGUAAGUGUGCUUUUUGUUUUUUGUGCCUUUUCUAAUGAGCUUCAAAGUCACACUUGACUCAAUGCUUAUUUAAAACAACUCAUGUCUUACCUGGUACCGAUUAUUAUUGUAUUGUUAUUGCUUGUGGUAGAAACACUAGUUCAGCAUUUAAAUGGAAAACGGUAGUAUCUCUUAUUGCUUUGUUCUAGUCUGAAACCACAAAACAUCAAUAAAAUGUGUAAACCAGUAAA